AUGAAACUAAGCACAACAAGAAAUUCAUUUUGGUUCCCAAGCAUUCGAUACGUCGAAAAUCCGGGUAAGCAACGUUUCCGAGGGUUGAAGACCGUAACUGGUGAACAAUUCGAUUCUCAUCAAAUACAUUUCCGUUCGCAAGCGUUCUCACCGGUCCCACAAAACAAAAUAUUAGCACAUAACGAUCUUACAUAUAUCAAUCCAGAAUUCGUGCUGCAAGUAAAGAAUCUCGUCGAACAAACUUGCGAUCCGAACACAAUUGAAACGAAAAAAAUCGAUAAAACGGAACUGACACCUGAUAUGUUCUAUGAACACGUUAAUAAUUGUAUAAUCGCAAUAAAUGAUGACACACAACCGUUACCAAUGAGCUUAACUGCGGCCAAUAUGCAAAUGCGGUGUUAUGCGGCUGCUGAGAAGGCGAAAAACUUCUACCGACUUAACGUUGCACGGCAAAUGUGUUUCCGUAAUUUAUCAUCAGCCGAAUUUCGACAACUGCACGAUCAGUCGUUGACAAAGGCACUGAAACUGUACGGCAGUGCAGUGGAUGGCUGUGAAUCACCGGAGUACAUUCAGCAUCACGAAAGGAAAUUAGAGGAUUUUCUGAAUGAUGAAUACGAAAUGCUUGCAAUGAAUGUUAAUGCGAAUGAAAUUGGAAAAGAAAGACCAGCGAGGGAUUUGCAGAAGAUUUCACGAAGCUUCUCAAGGAACUCUUACAAGGAACGUUUUAUACAGUCCAAAUUAUGCGGCAUAGCGUUAUGCGUUGCCACAAUUGCGUCAUCGAUCGUGCUCGUCUUCACCUCGAAAUUCUCGUCACCACCCGACUUCUUGUUGUGUCUUGUACCGAUUGUUUGCGUUACGAUGUUUGCAAUUUGGUGUUUCUCACAUUUACGAUAUCUGCAUCGAAGACAUCAGCAGAAAGAACGCUCCAAAGAGUUCAUUAACGUGCCAUUGCUGUCGAUUGUUUGA